CCUCUUUUGACAACAGCAUCUUCACAAAUUUGCUUUACAGAGAACUGAUUGGGAUUGGAAACGGGAGGUUUUGAAGAAAAAAGAUACCUGAUUAAUCAAGUGUUUGUAAUUCUCACCCUCAACUAAUUGGAUGGAAGCUGUCGUCUUCUCAUUUUGAAAUCUUAGGUUAAGGCACCCGGGUUCAGUUUCUCCUCCAUGGAGAGUGUGGCUUCAUCUUCUUCAGUUGCACAUCAAGAACCUUCAAACUAUGAUGAAUACUCCAUGCAGCAGAGCUUGCUCUUUGGAGAUAGCCUAAAGGAUUUGAAGAGUCUGAGAAAACAGCUGUACUCAGCAGCAGAGUAUUUUGAACAAUGCUACCAUAAAGAUGACCAGAAACAAAUAGUGCUCGAGACCCUGAAAGAUUAUGCCAUCAAAGCUCUCGUCAAUACUGUGGACCACUUGGGGUCUGUAACCUACAAGGUUAACACUUUCUUGGACAACAAAAUUGGUGAAGUCCAUGGAACUGAGCUUCAGUUCUCUUGCAUUGAACAGAGAAUAAGGACAUGCCGAGAAUUCAUCAAUCGCAGUGGCUUUUGUCAACAGUCCUUGCUGAUGAGAACUCCCAAACACCACAAGCGGUACACAUUUCCAGGCAAAUAUGGUGGGGAGACCACAAACACUACUGGGCACACUAAACCAACAUAUCAGACUUGCAGCCCAUAUGCUGAAGGUGACUUGCAUCAAUUUUACAAAGGUGGUCUAGCAACAGCUUGGGAGAUGCCAUCGUCAAUGAUGGCCAGAAGAGGGCAUUCUGCGCGACCUUCUCCACAAUCUUCCCCUAGACCCAGAGCCUUUCCAUUCAAUAUCACUAGGAUUUCAUCCAGCAAAGAACGAGAUAAACGAGCAGUCUCUCCAAAUUAUUUUCCACUUAUCCGUUCUGGAUCUGUAGCUAGCAGAUCAAUCUCUCCAAACUCUUCUAAAGCUAAGCUACGGACCUCAUCAGAGCCUCGAUCAGCUUCAUUGUUCACCCGUACCGAAAGAGACAGAGCAAAGGAUAUUGAACAGAAAACCAGCCAGAGUAAACGUCUUUUCAAAGCCUUGAUUAGCAUGCGCAAGCCAAAAAAGGAUGGGAUGUUGUAUAGAUACUUGGAUGAGAACUAAGAGGGCAGAGAAAGGCAUGGAAGGAAGCAGAAAAUUGUUGAGGACUUGUUUUCAAUUUCACAGUUUUCUUAAGUGUAACUGGUUGCUAGUGCUUCAUGUUUUGGAAUUGUUUCAAAUCUAAGGUCUAUAGUGUAUUGUCCUACUGAUCUUUCCAGGAAUUCGCAGUCAAUGAUAUUAUCAUCGACAUUGUAACUGGCCACCAGGCUUCAAUUUCCCAAA